AUGCAUGCUUAUGGGCUACCCAGAGCACCACUCAAAAGACACGUACCAUUUUCUGAACAUCGCGACUCAGGCGCCAAUCCUAAGCCGCGACAUCCAUUGGGACAUUACCAUGGUGGGAUCAAGCCCACAGACAAUACAAAGGAUCUUUUCGAAUCCGACGAAGACGACGAAAUUCAAGUCCCGGAUGCCUACACGAAAGUUGUCGCCCUGCCUCAAGCGGGGAGGAACACCAACACGGCAAAAUCUCCGGAGACCACGGGAAUUUCAAAGCAAAACGUGUUUAGUCCUCUUCAGACACGCGGUCAGCGGAAGUUUGCCAAGGAAGCGUGUUUGAUGCCGGACAAUGAUUCCAACAACCCAGAUAAGGAAGAAGUCAAUAUGUCUGAGGAAACGGAAAUCCAUGAGCAUCAGGCAUUUAACGUAAUGACUGGGAACUCAGACCCAGGAGCAGAUGUUCCCUAG